GUCACGUCACGCGAGAGCGCAGCGCGCGGACCCUCUCGCACACACAGAUACACGCGCGCACACUCACACACACUCACACAAAGCGCUAAGGGGGAGGGAAAGCUGGGGGAGCCAGACACGGCCGCUCUUUUUUAAAAACACAAACCCACCCGAGACCAAGAGACCAGGUGUCCCCACCCUCCUUUUUUCCACAGUGCCUAAGACGGAGCCAGAGAAACAGAAUAUGAAUUCAGCUGAACUGUUUGAUGAUGAAGACAAUACUGAAGGUGUUAAAAAUAUUAUGAAAGUAGAAACUGAUAAAGAAGAUGAAGUGCUAGACUGCUCUGUAAUUUCAAGACCUGAAAAAAAUUCACUGGAUGGUUUAAUAACUUGCCUACAAGACAUCAACAAACGAAAACGGACUUCAUUUGGUUUUGAUGGCUCAGGGAGCCACCAAGAAAUCCUGCCAAGUGUGAAAAAAAGAGGCCUUACACAAGAGGACCAGACCUCAAACUUGAAAUGCAAAGAUGGGUUGCCUACUCAGGAAGAUGUUGAACAGUCAAGCAAGAGCAAAAAUUCCAGUCUAACGUGGAUUUGUGAAGAAACUUUGAAUAACACAGUUAUGCCUUCAUAUAAGAAACCUCUGUAUGGAAUCUCUCACAAAAUUACAGAGAAGAAGACUUUACCAGGAACAGAACAGUUUGCUACCUUUGAGUUAUUUGAAAAGAUUAAUCCUAGCAGUCCCUCCAAUCUUAGAACUCUGAAUGAGCAGCGCAAAAGAGAUACAAGCGCUAUUACAAUAGCUGCUGAAUCUGAUUCAAAUAUCUACUCUUUAAUACAAAAAAUGUUUUAUACACUAAAUACAUUAAAUUCUAACAUGACUCAACUUCAUAGCAAAGUAGAUUUGCUGUCACUAGAAGUUAGUAGAAUUAAGAAACAUGUCAGUCCAAUAGACGCUGUUGCAGAAUUCAAGCCACCGCCUGAGUAUCAACUGACUGCCUCAGAACUCAAACAGAUUACGGAUCAAAGUACAUCAGGUGGAGAUCUGGCUUGCCGAUUACUUGUACAACUUUUUCCAGAACUCUUUAGUGAGGAUGAGUUAAGUAAGGCCUGUACCACAUGUGGUUAUCUUAACAAAAAGAAACUUGAAUCACUUCAUUUGCAGCUCAUCCGAAAUUAUGUGGAGGUCUGUUAUCCAUCUGUGAAAAAUCCUGCUGUUUGGCAAGCAGAAUGUUUGCCUCAAGUCAAUGACUUUUUCAAUAGUUUUUGGGCUCAGAGAGAUAUGGAAAAUAGUCAGCCAGAUAUACAGUCCUCCAGUUUUUAUGAGUCUGAUCAUAUCAUUAAUGAUAAGGAUGAAGAAGCAGCUCUACCUGUUGACAGAAGUAGUUCUGUUGCCUCAGAAUGGGUAUUUGAUGCUCAGGAUAUAAAUGAAUUUUUAGAUGAAGCAUCUUCUCCUGGAGAAUUUUGUGUCUUUUUGCUACACAGAUUGUUUCCAGAACUCUUUGAUCACAGAAAAUUGGCUGAAAGGUAUAGCUGUUAUGGAGAGUGUGGGAAACAAGAACUUGAUCCUCAGCGACUUCAGGUAAUCCGCAGGUAUACAGAGAUUUACUUUCCUGCUAUGCAGGAGAGGAAGGCUUGGUUACAGCAUUGUGUUCAGCGAAUAAAUGAUGAACUUGAAAGCAUGUAUAUGGAUGACAGUGAGAAUGAACAGAUAAGAGAUGACUGUUACGAUUCUUCAAGUCUGCCUGAUGAUGUGUCAAUUAUAAAAGUGGAAGAUAAUUUUGAAUAUGAACGACCAGGUAGAAGGUCAAAAAAGAUUUGGCUUGUGCCCAUAGACUUCGAUAAACUUGAUAUUCCUCCCCCAGAUUUUGACGUUCCUGUCUCAGACUAUCUCCUAAGUAAGGAACAGCUUAAGAAUAUAUAUGAAAGCAGCUUGUCUAUAGGUAAUUUUGCUUCUCGAUUGCUAGUUCACUUAUUUCCUGAAUUGUUUACUCAUGAAAACUUAAGGAAGCAAUACAAUUGUAGUGGCUCACUAGGCAAAAAACAGCUUGAUCCCAUUAGAAUUAAAUUGAUUCGACACUAUGUGCAAAUGCUGUAUCCAAGAGCUAAGAAUGAUAGAGUAUGGACACUGGAAUUUGUUGGGAAACUUGAUGAAAGAUGUCGUCGGAGAGACACUGAACAGAGGCGCACAUACCAGCUGCAGCGAAAAGUCCAUGUACCAGGACCUGAAAGGAGAGAAUUCCUGACCUAUGCAAUAAACCCAGAAAGAUUUAAAGAGGAGUUUGAAGGGCCACCAUUGCCUCCAGAAAGAAGCAACAAAGACUUUUGCAAGAUACCACUUGAGGAACUUAUUGUUCCUCCCCCAGACUUUUCUGUGCCUUCUCUAUAUUUGCUGUCUGAUAAAGAAGUAAGGGAGAUAGUACAACAAAGUCUUUCAGUUGGUAACUUUGCUGCCAGACUUUUAGUAAGACUUUUUCCAGAGCUUUUUACUUCAGAUAACCUCAGACUGCAAUACAACCAUUCAGGGGCUUGUAACAAAAAGCAGCUCGAUCCUGUCAGACUGAGACUCAUCCGCCAUUAUGUUGAAGCUGUUUAUCCUGUUGAAAAAAUGGAUGAAGUAUGGCAUUAUGAAUGUAUACCAAGCAUUGAUGAAAGAUGCAGACGUCCAAAUAGAAAAAAGUGUGACAUAUUGAAAAAAGCUAAGAAAGCAAAAAAGUGAUCUUUCAAGUUUCCAAAGAUGGUGACUUCAGUUAUCUUGAAGCAGCUUGAGAGGUCAUUUGGUUUAGCACUAGGGCAACUGACCAGUACAUCUUUCGUAUGUGUUUACAUAUACAGGAAUGGAUGAUAAGAAGUAGGAAGUCACAAUCCAGCGAGAAUCUCUCUUAAAAACCUUACUGAAACAAAUGCAUAUUGCGGAAACUCCGCAAUUUUAUUUUGUAACUCAGUUUUAGUAUGCCUAUAUGUAGCUUAGAUUUCUUGCAGUCUUUUCACUUACUACCUACCUACACUGGGUCACAAGGAACUAUAAAUUAUUAGAGUUGAUCCAAUAAUAUAUCAUCUAAAUAUAAUAUUCAUCAGUGGAAAUAGAUUACAUAGUGUUUAAUUUUUCAUUAAUUUUAAAUAGUAAUUAACCUCUUUAAGAGAGUUUUCAAUAGGGACCUUUAAUCAGUCAUUUGGAAAUUAAUCAGCUUUUAAAUAUUUCAAAUCUCUAGUUUUAAAAUGUUAUACCUCUUUAAAAAGAAAGGAAAAUCACAAGUUUCUAUGCUUAUAGAUAUUCCUUAUAUCAAGUUUGAAUAUUAGGAAAAACUACAAAAUCAAGUUAUGACUUUUUAAAAAAUAAUUUUUCAUUUUGUAGCUGAUUUGGUGUAAAGAUUAUAAUCAUGGGGUUAUUUAAUGAAUGUUUAUGUUAAGAUUGUAGUACUGAUAUUUCAGUUUUUAUUCAUAUAAGUUAUUUUAUUGUUUUCUGUGUAAUCUUGAUACAAGAACUACUGGUAUGAGUGGAGGUUGUGAAAUAUAAAAUCCUACCCUGUAUCAGUAAAAGUGGUGCUAUUACCUGUUAUACUCACUACUUCAAAAAACAAAAUACUUGAAUUGAGGAAUGUGCAAAAACAAUUAAGUCCAUAUUAUUUUUAUCAGUUAAAUUACUGCAGCUUUUAAACUGUUGAAAAUAUUAAAUAUACUAUCUAUAUUUUUAUUUGAAUAAUAUACUGAGAGCUCUCUCUAUUGUAUGUUGAUUAGUAUCUUCAAAUACAGUGGCACCCAAAUAAUUUCAUUAUCAGUACAGAUUAUACACUUUUCUUUAAUCAUUGAAGUUCAGUUAUCAAAAUCAUUGAUUAUAUUUUCCACUAAAUACAUGUUCAGUAAACAUUAAACUUUUUGUUUUUUUCUGAAGAGUAUUACAUUGUGUCAGGGCUUUAUUUUUCUUUCACUGCAAGUCAUGAAAUUCUCAUGACAGAAUAAAACCAUAUUCCCUAACCUGAUGUUUCCUUAUAGGUGCUGGACUGCCCAGAGUCGCUCUCUGAGUGAGAUGGGCAGGGCAUAAAUUUGAUAUAUAAAUAAAUAAAUAUAAAUUAGAUCCAAAGGAAGGCAACAGUAUUUCAGUCCCACUGAAAUCAGUCAUCACUAACAAGUUCCAGUAAUUUGUUCCAUUGAUUUCUACAGGGCUAAAACAAGACUUCCUCUGGAUCCAACCCACUGAUUUUUUUCUGAAAUGCUCAUAAAGCUUUCCAGCAUUUGGUUUAGAGAAGAAAAGUGAUCCUUGCCUGUGGAUUUGCUGUUCCUUUGAAUAGUGUAAAUUGCAUAUAUGAUGAUCAGUGUGCACACUUGAAUGCUGUGUAGCAGAAUGCUUGUCCAAGGCUAAGGAUGAUGUGAUUUACUUUCAGUCGUUUCUAGUUUGACACACUAAUUCCACUUGCAAGUUAUUAAGGUAACAUUAUUAUAUAUCGAAUUAAACUAUAUAUUUGAACAACUGAUUUAAAAUGGAUAUUUAGUGCAGAGUAUAUUAUCCAUGAUUAUGCAUGAAAGAGGUACUUGCAUCAUAAAUAGAGCAGAGAAUUUAAGAUAAACUGAUCAAAAUGUUUUCCUCUCUCUUUAUAAUUUAAUACUUAUUUAGCACAAUGAAUGUUCAGAUGAGCGGUUUGUUUUAAUUGUAUGCUAUUCAUUAUUUCCAGUGUCUUGGACAUUAUAAAGCAUCAUGAAAAUAAGUUGUUAGUCUUGAUAAUAACUUUGGAGUAUCAACAUGAGUCUUGCCAUGUUAAGGAAGAGUUUAUAAAGUAUUUGAGCUUUUGUUGGCUAAAUGUCCAUUUCAAUCAUUUUUACAGUGCAAAGCCUGAAUGGUAAAUGUGAGUGGAUUUGACAAAUAGCUGUUCUUAUUUUGGUAGUCAGUUUUUCACCUUUUGUGAUUUGCUGAGGAAUUUCUGCAUCAGUACACUCCCACAAGCCUAAAAGUUGUCUCAUUUACUGAAACCUUGUGAACUGUGCACGCAGCCUUUGCUAUUGAAGGAUCAGAAUAGCAUAUGUUAGGGUUGUGCAGUGCUUUCAGUUUGAAAGCAGAAAGGUGCUUUAGAGGACAAGCCAGAGCACACGCCUGCAACUCCUUAAACCACAAGUAUCUUUUCCUAGGAUGGUGCAGCAGCUCAGGAGGGCAGCUGUAUGUGACCCCAGUAAAAGGCAUGGCUGCUUUAAGCAUUUGCAGACAGGACUACUUUUGUGUGGCUGCAUACUCUGAAGCACUUUUUUGGCUUCUACUGUAAUUGAAACCUCUGCACAACCCAGUUUGUUGUGCUCAGUGUGGUAUUGAUACAAGUACUGUGCACAACACAUUUCUAUUUAUCGUUUUUUUAUAAAAUGUGUUACUUGGAUCCUAAUACGUACCUCAUGUCACUUUAGAAAACUGUUUUUAGAUUGUGUUUUUUCUGUUCUGAAAUCAAUGGAUAAAAAGGCCUACUGAAUUAAAAAUAAAGGGGUAUCUGGAA